UGAACUCAUUAGCUUCACAUCGAAAAGAUUGUGAUUUUUUUCCAUGGUUUCCGCAGGCUACUGUCAUACAGUGUUUCUUCGAAAUGAUGGUUGUGCUGUCGCCUGCGGAAAUGAUGAGUUUGGACAAUGUGCCAUACCACCUUUGGACGUUGGAAUAUCCUACACCCAGGUUUCUGCAGGUUGUUAUCAUACAGUACUUCUCCGAAGUGAUGGUACUGCAACAGCAUGUGGAGGUGGUCGAUAUGAUUUUGGACAAUGCGAUAUCCUACCUAAUUUGGAGCAGGGAAUUUCAUGCACGCAAGUUUCUGCAGGUGAGGAUCACACCGUGCUUCUCAGAAGUGAUGGCAAUGCGGUGGCUUUUGGAGGAAACGAUUGCCGACAGUGCAACAUCCCACUUUUGGAGAUAGGAAUGUCGUACACCCAAGUAUCUGCAGGCGCGUAUCACACUGUGCUCCUCCGAAGUGAUGGUAGCGCGGUCGCAUGUGGAAAUGAUGAGUUCGGACAGUGCGCCAUGCCACCUUUGGAUGUUGGAAUCUCAUAUGUUCAGGUUUCGGCUGGCGGAUCUCAUACAGUGCUUCUGCGGAGCGAUGGCAUGGUUGUGGCUUGUGGCUUGAAUGAUGAUAGACAAUGCAACAUUCCACCGUUGGAUGAAGGAGUGUGGUACACCCAGGUUUCUGCAGGUGGGGAAAGUACGGUGCUUCUAAGAAGUGAUGGUACAGCUGUUGCUUGUGGACCCAAUUUUGGAAGACUAUCGGAAGUUCCACCCUUAGAUGAAGGCAUCUCAUACGUUCAGGUUUCUGCAGGCAGGUUUCACGCCGUGCUUUUGCGAAGUGAUGGCAGCGCUGUGGCUUAUGGAAGCAAUUCUAAGGGACAACGAGACAUUCCCUGUUUAGAACCAGGCAACUACUACGUUGGUGAUGUUCUGCUUGGUGGAGACCUUGCUUUGCAACUCCAUUUUAUUUACGAAGAGGCUGCAACAACCCUGACAUGUUUAAAUUUGGCCGGGGAAACAGUCUUGCAACUGAAUGUGUGUGGCUGCGAUCUUGCCUGGGAUACUCAUAAGCGAAUUGCGCGUGAUUUGAACGUGAAACUUCAGAGUCUGCGAGUUGUCCUGCCUGACGGACGGCUGUUGGCCCAAAUCUGCGUCGCGAAUCCAGUGGCCACAGUUGCAGAUCUGACGAACUCAUCGCCUCGCUGAAAAUCGAUCGCCGGGGCACCAUCCAAGGCAGCCUGUGAUUUCAGUGAAACA